AUGACUGAAUUUGAAGAAAAAGGUUGGUUUCUAUCACCAGAAGGCAUUGAACUAUUAAAACAACAAAAUCCGGAAGCGUCGAACGUUGACGACCUCAUUGCUUGUGCCAAAGACACGGAUUUGCGUCUUUUAUCAGCAAAAGGGUUCAACAAAACCAACGAGAAACUCACGACUAUUCCUUCACCUUGUGUAUUACAAGUUUUGGAAAUCAAGAAUACAGCCAUGCCCUCUGCUCAUCAAGCUGAAACACCGCGUCUUCUUUCCGUAGUCUUUACAGACGGUAGCAAGAAGAAAUUUAAAGGUGUCGAAGUCUUUGGCAAGGUCGAUUGUCUAAAGUAA